AUGAUGGGAUACGGGGGACCUGCAUUUCACCCUCAGCACCCUCAGCACCCUCAGCAUCAGCAACAGCAGAGUGCGCACCCUCAACAUCAACAACAACAUCUGCAAUCCCCAUCAUUGGGCUCUGCGCCGACGCAUCAUGCCCACCAUGGCAAUGGCCUCUCCAACAACAGCCCUCUAAUUCGCGCUCAGCCGCAGCCAAGUCUUUCGCAUUCCCCAGAUCUUCGAAAGAUGGCACCCUCAUCCUCUGGGCCUUUGGUUGGACUGCCAGCGGGUGCGAAUUUUAGUCCAUUUCCUAGUCAUUUUCAGGCUCAGGGAUCUGCGGACCUCAUGUCUAGAAAUUCGGAUCCGGUGGGCCAGUUAAAGGACCCGUAUAUGUCUAUACAGAACUUGCAAAGGAAUAUCAAUCCAAUCCCAAAUUUCCGUCCGCAUGCUGCUAUGAACCCUCAAGCAUCGUUGUCCCCACAUGCUCAUGCGAUAAAUCUCUCGUCGCCACAACUUCAGCACCGACAAAGUACUCAGGUACACCAUGCUGCGUCUACACCUACAGCUGUGUCUCCUCUGUUGGCCGCAAGACAGCAGCAGCAUCAACAACAACAGCACCAGCAACAACAGCAACAGCAAAAGCAGCAACAACAGCAGUCUCACUAUCAACCACAGCAGCAGGCUCAAUAUCAACCGCCGCAGACGCAGUACCAAUCGCAACAACAGCCUCAGUACAAAGCGCAGCAGCAAUCUCAAUAUCAGCAGCAGCAGCAACGGCCCCAAUACCAGCCACCGCAGCAACAGACUCAUUACCAAGCGCAGCAGCAGCGGUCUCAGUAUCAACCACAGCCGCAACCGCAGUCGCAGCAGCCGCAACAAACCCAGCAACAGCAGUAUCAGCGAUCACCACAACAGCCUCAAUACUCACGCCAGCCUCAGACGCAGUACCAGCAACACCAACCGCAGCCGUAUCACCAGCAGCCUCAAUAUCAACACCAACAAAAUCAAUACCAACCACAUCAAUUCCAGCAACAGGCACAGCAGCAGGCACAGCAGCAGGCACAGCAGCAGGCACAGCAGCAGCAGCAACAGCAACAACAACAACAACAACAGGCUCAAGCUCAGCAGCAGGCACAAGCUCAGCAACAAGCCCAGCAGCAGGCGCAACAGCAAGCACAGAAGCAAGCGCAACAACACGCUCAGCAGCAAGCCCAGCAACAAGCCCAGCAGCAGGUGCAGCAGCAGGCACAACGGCAACAGCAACCGCAGCAUACAAUAUUACCACAACAUCAACAUCCCGGUCCCUCAUCAACACCUUCUACUAUUGGCGCAGCAGAACCGGUUGUGCUAGAACCUGUCGAGGAGGAAACUGCCACUAAGAAGAAACGUGGGAGACCGCCAAAGUCAAUUUCCUCGCCGGCCAACGGCGCGGUGCAAUCCAACGGAUCAACGCAAUCAGGGCCAACCUCGAACGCCAUAGGACCGAAUCCCGGCCCGAACACUGGGACUCCCCGUCGUCGAGGGCGACCACGAAAAUCGGAAGCAAAGGCCAAUGGUGCUCAAGCAUCCAAAUCUGGUACUGAACCCGCACCUGCAUCAGGAUCAUCCACUCCUGCCAUUAAUGGCGUUGCGCCUGGUCCUCCUGCUCCUGCCCCAACAUCUGCUCCUGAGACUGGUCCAGAUGGUGUGGUCCCACAGAAACGACGCCGCGGGCGUCCUCGGAAGUCCGAAGUGGGUGAUUCGACUCCCAAAUCAAAGCCCCCGCGAAAGCCAGCUUCAACUAAACCGACGGGCACUGGUCGGCCUCGUGGACGCCCGCGGAAAGCGGAUGUGGCAGCACGGAAUCAAGCUAUGGACGCUAUGGCAAUGAACCCAGCCCAGAAACGGGGUCCGCCAGAGGACGAGGAAUCGCGCAAGCGUGCCUGCCCUAUGCCUCAACAGAUGCCACCUCAACAGCUGCCGCAACAAAUUCCACACCAAAUGCCACAAGUACAACAACAAGUGCCACAACAAGUACAGCAGCAAAUGCCACAACAGGUCCAGCAGCUCUCUCAGAUCUCGCAACAGCUUCCACAGCAGAUCCAACAACAUAUGCAGCAGCAAAUGCCGCAGCCAAUUCCACAGCAGAUUCCACACCUGCCGCAACAUAUGCAUCACCAAAUGCCUCAACGGAUGUGA